AUGGCCGACGUGCCCUGUUGUGAAACCAAGUUUAUUCUGUAUGUGUUGAUUAUCACAGGACUGGUGACCUUUGCUGGGCUCAUGGCUGGUCUUACUCUUGGGCUCAUGUCCCUUGGCCUUGUCGACCUCGAGGUUCUCAGCAAAUCAGGGCGCACCCAGGAUCGUAUUCAUGCCUCUAAAAUACUUCCAGUGGUGAAGAAUCAACAUCUUUUGCUAUGUACACUCUUGAUCGGCAACGCCUUAGCUAUGGAGUCUCUUCCCAUAUUCUUGGAUAAGCUCGUGCCUCCAUGGGCAGCAGUCUUGUUAUCAGUCACACUCAUCCUCAUGUUCGGGGAGAUAUUGCCUCAAGCAAUCUGUACUCGGUAUGGAUUAACUGUUGGAGCAACUGUGGCACCCUUUGUCCAGCUUCUACUUUGGGCAUUUUUCCCCAUUGCUUAUCCAAUUAGUAAGGUUCUGGAUUGGAUGCUGGGUAAGGGACAUGCAGCCCUUUUGCGUAGAGCUGAGCUGAAAACAUUUGUGGAUUUUCAUGGUAAUGAGGCCGGGAAAGGUGGGGAUUUGACGCAUGAUGAGACAACAAUAAUUGCUGGGGCACUCGAAUUGACUGAGAAGACUGCUAAAGAUGCCAUGACCCCUAUAUUAAAGGCAUUUUCCAUUGAUCUGGAUGGAACUCUUAAUUUGGAAACACUGAAUGCUAUAAUGACAAUGGGCCAUAGUAGAGUUCCCGUUUAUUAUAAAAAUCCGAAUAACAUUAUUGGAAUUAUACUGGUUAAAAAUCUCUUGGCAGUUGACCCUGAACAUACAGUUCCUCUGAGGAAAAUGUUAAUAAGAAAAAUACCCUGGGUUUCAGAAAACAUGCCUCUUUAUGAUAUUCUGAAUGAAUUUCAGAAAGGUCACAGUCACAUUGCUGUUGUGUAUAAGGAUCUGAAUGAAACAAAAGAAACGACGCAGAAAACCAAAGAAGACAUUGACAACCUAGCGAAAAAAUCCAUCUCACAUGAUGCGGACGCAACCUCAAGUAAGGCUGUUGCAGAUCAAGUGACAAAGAAAAGUCCUCCAUCUACUGCUUUCAAAAAGAAACAUAGGGGUUGCUCAUUUUGCAUUUUAGAUUUAGAGAAUUCUCCAAUUCCUGAGCACCCACCCAAUCAAGAAGUUGUCGGUGUAAUUACUAUGGAGGAUGUCAUUGAGGAGCUUCUUCAGGAGGAGAUACUCGAUGAAACGGAUGAAUAUGUCAACAUACAUAACAGGAUAAAGAUAAACAUGAAUGCUGCUCAAGAGAAAGCUCCUGAGUCGAACUCCAUACAAUUGUCUUCUAUACAGCCUGCCUCAGUAGAUUCAGGUCCUCCCCUUGUUCAGUGCAAGCAGCCUGCAGUAAUUGUUGCUGAGAUGGAUUGCACGUUAAGGCCCGGUGGCUGGGCAAUAACUCGUGAUAAGGCAGAAAUACUCGAUCCGAUAAAGAUAAACAUGAAUGCUGCUCAAGAGAAAGCUCCUGAGUCGAACUCCAUACAAUUGUCUUCUAUACCGCCUGCCUUAGUAGAUUCAGGUCCUCCCCUUGUUCAGGUUUUGGCCGGAGGGUUUAGCGAAGGUUUGGCGGAGGCGCUUGAGGAGGAGGCUGUAGCGGUGGCGAGAUUUGUAGAGGAAGUAGAGAGUGGCGGUGGCGGAGAGGAAGGUGAGGAGCUUGAGGCGCGUAGGUGGAGAUGA